AUGUAUCCCAUCUCUCAACAACCAUCUGCCAAUUUUUAUUCUCAAUACUAUCAACAAUUCACUGACGAUACUAGCUGGCAUCCUGCUCCAAGUUCAGACUAUCACAACGGUACUAGACAACAUUCGGGAGAGACCUACGGCCUAGCUGAAGAUACAUCAAUUGCGUUGAAUCAUUCCUACCCACCUAUUCGAUCAUAUGACUACUCGGAGAUGAAGGUACAAAUGCAUUUAUAUGCUCCAGUCCCGGUCCCCUAUGGCCCACCUCAUGUAGCAAACCCCUCCCGUCAAAUUCAUACACCGUACGUGGAACAAACGUACUAUGGCCACCACGUCCCAUACCCCCCUUUUGUAAAUCAAACCCCAGGCACCACCACCACCGAUACCAAUAUCCUCGAUUAUUAUGCAAAUGCCCCGCAACUUCUUUCACCAACCCCCUCGGAACUUCCUACAGAUCUUUCAAUACCAUUUGCUCAAAUCUCUACCACACUUUCCUCGUCCUUGUCUCACCCGACACAGCACGAGCAGUCUCAAAGCAGUGGACGUAGCGAUGAGCCUCUUACCUCCGCUGCUCCUAACACGAAUAAGACAGAGAGUCGACGUAAGGCAUUACAACGUACAGUUGCCGAGGAGAUAGGUUUCAUCCCUACCAAUCCUGAUACUAUUUCAUCACACGAGAAAAGACGCCAAUAUCUAGAAUGUCUCGAACAUUAUGUUCUGUAUUUGCAUGAACAACUGCGUCUUGUCAACAAUACACCUCCGCUUGAUCUCGAGCGUGUGUCAACUUAUCCGGGUCUAAGUCCUCGUAGCAUCAGAACAUUGCUGGUGCAUAUGCAAAACACAAACCGUUGCCUUCAUGAACAUAUGCUCCAAGAGGAGCGGAUGUUUUUGGAUCUCUCUGCUAGAGUAAUGGAGGCGCAAGGUGCAGGAUUUGUUGACAUGAAACAACAUUCAAUUGAUUUCAUCGGCCAAAGCUAG